AGAUCCAUCCAGAACAGAAGAGCAUCAUCAGCCAGAUUGUCUCCUAUCCUCGACUCAACUAAUAACCCAAGAAACCAAUCAUGAAGGUCCUUAUUGCACUCAUGGCCCUAGUUGUCCUUGCCUCAGCUUUCCAAGAAGAGGAGAUGGAUGCUGAUGUUGCUUUCAUCAAGAGAGAUCCAGUACUCCAAGAUUACUUUAUGGCUGAGAAGAGGGGAAAGGCCAUGAGGAAAUACAAAGCUUGUGAACAGCAGUUCAGUGCAGAACAAACCUGCUAUUGCAAUCGCCGCAACGGAGCCUUUGCUUUCUGCAGUGGUGCUGCUGGUGGUGAAAACAUGUAAAUUCCAGAAUUUGACCCUGACCAAUGACUCCGUCUUCCAAUCGAUAUCGAAUCAUAUAAUUAUUGUAGGAAAGUUGUUUUAGAAACAGUUUUCAUCCAGUGGAGCCAGCGCUGGCAUCUACCGUCGAAAGAAUUGGUGGAAUUAACUACUAAACGUCAGUUCAACAAAUAAAUGCUAUAUGAACAGAUAAA